AUGUCACGCUCCUGCGUCCGCCGGGUCCAGUGCGCGCGGCACAUACAGGUGGAGGCCAACUAUACCGUCCGAGCUUUGAAUUCAAUGUUUGGUGCUAACGUCUCCGGCAAGGGCGACUUUCCCUUGGAGGAGGCGCUGCAGGGUCAUGGGUCUGCUCAGGCAAAGGCCAUUGAAUUCAUCAUCCAAUCAGUGCAUGAGUUGGGUCGGCCCCCUGCCGAUUUGACGGGUCCAGGAGCUUGGUCAAUGCUCCGGACAACUGAAGACUAUGCUGAGAGCCAACCAGUAGGGUCUUUGGUGUCGUACAAGCCCGAAUCUGUCUCGCUUCCUGAUGAAGGUUGGUCUCCCAUUGAGCUUGGCCAAUUGUGGGGCGGAGACGGGUGUGAUUUCGUGUACGACCUUGUACACAACCAGCUUUUGCCGCCAGAUCAAGUGGAGGCUCGCCUGAGGCAGGCCGGGGUGUCAAGAGCAUACUCUGACCCGCUGUUGAGGGUGAAACACAACUACAUCGACUUCAUCAAGCGGCUGUGGCGUUCCAAUUUGAUCGACGUAGACACGUCACCAGGAGUAGAGCAGGUUGAGUGCUUCUUCGUUUCCAAGAAGAUGGGACGGCAGCGUAUGGAUCUGGGUUUGCUGGAGGUGAACGGGAGACCGGUGAGGCCGGGCACGCUGCUGACGCCGAGGCUUAGGGAUCGUCACCCAGUGUCCUCAACUUCGUGCUGCCAUUUACAAUAUGUCGAUAACCUGGUGGUGCUCGGGACUGACCGGGAGAUGGUGAAGGGCGCUUUUGAGCGCGCAGUUAAGGAGCUGACCCGCGCUGGUCUCCAGGUUCACGAAGUUGAAAGCAGCUCCGACGGCGCCCAAGUUUUAGGAUGGCAUUUCACUGCGAAUGGCGAGUUUCGGCCCACGAGGCGGGACCUAAAAGCAGCCUGGUCGACAAAGCUUCUGGCGACCGAUGCCUCAGAAUGGGGGCUGGGAGCCACGCAGUCGGAUAUUCCAUAUGAGCAGGCGAAGUCCAUUGGAAAGUUUUGCGAGAGGUUGUCAACCAGCAAUGGCAGACAAUUGGCCGCCACCGCUGGCAGCGGGAGCUCUCUAUGCCAGUUGCCGAGGAAGGAAAUGCGGGUGACAGCCCGGAAAAAGCACAAGGCCGCAAGCUCCGAGAUGACCGUUCUCCAAGAGUCCUCCGUCUCCAAGAAGUGCUUCCAAAGGUAUCAGUUCUGGUGGGAGCAGAUCUCGCAGUUGGUGACCAACCGCAGUGGGGGCCUCAAGCCAGCGAAGGUGGUGGACAAGGUGUUGGCCACUUACCUCGAGGAAAUGUACCACAAUGGGGAAGACGUCAGCUCGGCCCAGUAUGUGGUGGCAGCCCUGUGUUUCUUCCGUCCCAGUUUGCGGACGCCUGGCAUGGUUUCGUUGCCCAAAAUCAAGCAGAGCUUGCGAGGGUGGGGGAAGCUCAGUCCUCCAAGGAGCCGGCUGCCCGUUCCCUGGGAAGUCACCUGCCUACUGGUCGAGUAUGCCAUGAAGUCCAACCAUGUGAUGAUUGGGCUCCACAUCCUCUUAAUGUUUACGCUCUACUUGCGGCCUUCGGAAGCUUUGCGAAUCCGGCAGAUGGAUUUGGUGGCGCCGCUGAAGCGGGCACGUGCUGGCUACCAGCGGUGGACAGUCACACUUCACCCGCUGGAGGCUGCUCGCCCGUCCAAGACCAUGGAGUUCGACGAGACCCUGCAGUUCGACUUAGAUUACCACCAGGGCAUUGGGGAAGCAGUCAAACGCCAGGCUCAACUGCGAGGUCGGCAGCCCGGCGACGUGAUUUUCAAUCACGAAAACAAGAAUGUGGUCGCCUUCCUGGCCGAGGCCGCCGAAAAGCUGGACCUGCGCAACUUGGGCCCCGUCCACCCGUACCGCUUCAGGCACGGGGGCGCGUCCCACGAUUUCAACAUGGGCUUCCGGGACUUGAAAGCAGUGCAAGCCCGGGGCAGAUUUUCAGUGGAUCUGGCAAUCUCAGCCGUGCUGUAG